AUGAUGCCCGAGUCAUCCGAGAACGGCGAUCGACAAGAGCCAGGUGUCGAAACGCCUCUGCUUGGAGAUAGAGCAUCGUCUCCCAACGGCAAUUACGACAGCACAGGAGGCUUUGGUGGCGCCGUUAGCCAGGAACAUGACGCGGAGGCGCGGCCGGUCGCGUUUGUCCACAAGUUUGGGGCAAAGGAGGCCUUUGCCAUCAUCGUGUCCAUUGUCGUAGGCAGCGGCAUCUUUACGUCGCCGGGAGCAAUCGACGCCAAUGUCCCGUCGCCGGGUGUUGCGUUGUCGGUAUGGUUGGUGGGUGGCCUGCUUGCGUGGACUGGGGCCAGCACACUCGCUGAGCUAGGAACCGCCAUCCCCGGAGAAGGUGGUGUCCAGGCCUACCUCAGCUACAUCUUUGGUGAUCUCUUUGGCCACCUGGCCGCCUGGACCUGGAUCUUUGGCGUUAUGCCCGUGACGCUGGCCAUUCUCUGCAUCGUCUUCAUCUCAAACAUCCUGGCCGCGUUCAACCUGUCAAAUACGCAUAGCAGCGACAUCACCAAGAUCUUUGCCUUCCUCCUAGCCACUGUGACCUGUGCCAGCACGCUGCUGGGUGCGGCACGGAUCAACAAGCUCAACUCUUUCUUCGUCGCCAUCAAGCUGUUUACCGUGACUCUGGUUGUCACUGCGGCCCUGACGGUGGUGAUAGCUGUAUUGAUCGAGCCGAGCAAGAAUGAAACUGUGGGCGGCCGGGACUGGCGCGAGAGGAACUGGUUCGCCAUUCGCAACUCCCCGUCCACCGAGUGGGAUCAGCUGGGCACCUGGGAGGUGGCGGGGCGUUUCUCUGCUGCCCUGUACGCAGCGCUUUGGGGUUAUUGCGGGUGGGACAAGGCCGUCUACGUCUCGCCGGACCUGAAGAACCCAUCCAAGCAGCUGCCAAAGGCUAUCAACACUGCCCUGCCGACAAUCAUCCUCUGCUUUGUGGCAGCGAACGCGGCAUACUAUGUUUUGCUCCCAUGGGUUGUCGUGCCGACCAGUGACACCGUGGCAGUGGACGCAUUCUCCCGUUUGCUCGGCCCAUGGGCAGGAUUCGCCUCGACAGUUCUCGUCUGCACCAUAAUACUAGGCUCCCUGGUCGGAAACACAUUCAUCACCAUCAAGAUGACCCUGGCAGCCGCGAACCGGGGCUACCUACCACAAGCGUGCGGCGGAAUCGAGGGCGAGGACCCCGUUGUGGCGACGGUCAUGGCGCUGGUCCUGUCCGCGGUGUACAUCGCCGGCGGCUCGUUCCGGUUCCUCGUCCUCUUCAACGGGCUGGCCGAGUACAGCUUCUUUUUCCUGGCGGCCGUCGGCGCCCUGAUCUUACGGAAGCGGGAGCCAGAUCUGGAGAGGCCGUACAAGACGUCGAUCGCCGGGCCGAUGGUGUUUGCGGUGGUCAGCGGGUUCGUCGUCGUUAGGGGCGCCAUCUUUGCGCCGGUCCAGGCCGUCUGUCUGGUCGUGCUCUGGGGGAUCUCGGCCGUGGUGAGGCUUUAUUGGACACACCAGUAG